CAAAUUCUCUACCUCUACGUCUGAAAUUUGGGUAGAGAUCAUGCCAAAUAAACCCAAAAAGGAUAAGCCUCCAGGUAAGACCCCAGCCAAUACGAAGUCUGCCAACAAGGAUGCUGCUGAAACGGAAACAGAUGCAUCCAAGAAGAAGGCCCAAAACUCAAAUGAUGUUCACCCACCACCAGCACCUAUAAACAAAAUAAAGUUUCCAGGAACCCCUCAUGUUAAAAAAGAUAAGCGUCAGAGCUCAUCUCGGUUUAAUAUAACAAAGAACAGGGAAUUACAGAAAUUACCGCUACUAAAGGAUGCGACUCCAGCUGAAAGGGAAGAAUUGUUCAUUAACAAAAUUCACCAAUGUUGUGUUUUAUUUGAUUUUGUACAAGAUCCCUUGAGUGAUCUUAAAUGGAAAGAAGUGAAAAGGGCAGGAUUGAAUGAAAUGGUGGAAUAUGUCAGUCAAAACAGAGGAGUUAUUACGGAUGCAAUUUAUCCUGAAGCCAUCAAUAUGUUUGCUACCAAUUUGUUUCGUACCUUACCUCCCUCCUCUAAUCCCAGCGGAGCUGAGUUUGACCCUGAAGAAGAUGAACCUACAUUAGAAGCUGCUUGGCCACACCUACAAUUGGUGUAUGAAUUCUUUCUGAGAUUUUUGGAAUCGCCAGAUUUUCAGCCUAAUACGGCCAAAAGAUAUAUUGACCAAAAGUUUGUGCAGCAGCUGUUAGAUUUAUUCGAUAGUGAAGAUCCGAGAGAGAGAGAUUUUCUAAAAACUAUUUUACAUCGUAUUUAUGGGAAAUUUUUAGGUUUAAGAGCAUAUAUAAGAAAACAAAUUAAUAAUAUAUUUUACAAAUUUAUUUAUGAAACGGAACAUCAUAAUGGUGUUGCUGAAUUAUUAGAAAUAUUAGGGAGUAUUAUCAAUGGUUUUGCCUUACCUUUGAAAGAAGAACAUAAAGUAUUCUUGUUAAAAGUAUUACUACCACUACAUAAAGCUAAAUCAUUGAGUGUCUAUCAUCCUCAACUAGCUUACUGUGUUGUUCAAUUCCUGGAGAAAGAUCCUAGUUUAACAGAACCAGCCAUUAUGGGUCUGUUAAAAUUCUGGCCAAAAGUUCACAGUCCAAAAGAGGUAAUGUUUUUAAAUGAGUUAGAAGAAGUGCUUGAUGUGAUAGAACCGGCAGAAUUUACCAAAAUUAUGGUUCCUUUAUUUAAAACAUUAGCUAAAUGUGUUUCAAGCCCUCAUUUCCAGGUUGCUGAAAGGGCAUUAUAUUUCUGGAAUAAUGAGUAUAUAUUAAGUUUGAUUGGUGAAAAUGCCUCCACUAUUUUACCUCUUAUGUUCCCUGCAUUAUAUAAGAGUAAAGAACAUUGGAACAAAACUAUUCAUGGAUUAAUAUAUAAUGCUCUCAAGUUAUUCAUGGAAAUGAAUCAGAAACUGUUUGAUGACUGUACACAACAGUACAAAGUUGAACGACAAAAAGAAAAGGAAAAGAAUAAGCAGAGGGAAGAAGCAUGGAAUAAGAUAAAUUCAUUAGCUAAAGAUAGCCCAUGUAUACAAAAGUUCCAACAAUUUCAGUCAGCAUUAGGCCAUCCAAUUACCAAUAACUCAGUGAAGUCAUUGAACACAAUUAACUCAAUGAAUUCAAACCCUGGUCCAGAAGAUGAAGGGGAUGUUGUUAUGAAUAUGGAGAAAUUAGAAAGUGAAGCUAAGGAGAUUAAUUUACCACUAAAGAAAGUGACAGUAAAAUCUACUGAUCAGUUGCAAAAGAAGAAAGGCAAAGAAAAGCCAUUGUUGAGGCGGAAGUCUGAAUUACCACAUGACAUGGGAAUGAUCAAGGCUUUGGAUUCUCAUAAACGUUCAGACGAGUUUCUGACAACUUCUUCAGAACAAAACAGUUCCAACAAAUAAGCGGCUUUCAGGCCGAUUUUAAUGGGAGGAAUAUUUAACAUGUUAUAAAUCUCUGAUUUGCAACUUCAUCCACAAAAAUAUCUUUUAACUCCCAAUUACAAGUACUAGAUGAUUACAUAUUUUGGUGGAAAAAGUUGCAGAUUGGUUUAUAUUUUAUUCUAGGGCUCUAUGGACGUGAUAUGUACAUUGACCGAAAUACUGACAAAAUGCGUAGCCAUAUUUUUGUCAACGAAAAUGACAUUCAAUUUAUUUUACUCUGUAAACUGAAGGUUUCAAGUCUAUUCCAAUGAUAUAUUGUAAAUAGCAACUGCUUCUUAUUCAAAUUCUUCAGGUCACAUAGCUUAAUAUGCUACAUAAUUGAACAUUGUCAGCUGGAUAUCGGGAUUUUUAAUUCAGUAAUAUAGUAUGUGUAGGUCAUAUACUCUAAGAGAUGAUUUUCCUUUUUUUUUUACUGCCAUAUGCAUCAAUAUGCACAAUGUUUUAUUAACUUCAAAGUUGGUUCUUUUUAAUUCUGUCCACUACUCCACAAUUUAUAAUUGCAUGUAAGGACUCUGAGGGAUCUUUCACACUACAAGCUGAGCCGAGCUGAGCAGAGAAAAGUGCUAAGUGGCAGCAUUAGUGUCUAAUAAGUUUCCGAUGUACAGAUGCUAAGCUGCUUACACAGAAAGUGGAGUGGACACAGAGCGACACACUUUAGAAAUUUGGCUUUUCUUAUCGCUUGCAGCUUGUGGUGUCCAUUAUUGAAUUAGCAUUGCUGUCAAGCAAUUUGAAAUUCACGAAAUCCUCCAUAGUGAAUGAUUGAUUUAAGGUCACCCUGCUCUGCUGUUCUCUGCUCUUCUCUGCGACACCCUGCUCUGCCUGUAACGUGAGUGAACCCUUACUUGUACAGGCACAUUUCAUAUUCAGUUAGCAAAUGUAUAAUGACAUUUUUUUGUUUUUUGAUUAUAUGUUUAUGGCAUGCCUCAUAUAAAUUUUCUUUGACAACAUGCUUGGACAACUAUAGGCUAAAAGGCUGCUUUUUAUACAUAAAGGCAUACUAAUAUUUAUUAAGGCACUAAGAACAAGUCACAGAUAUUUGGUUAAACACUAUCCCUUAUUUAUAUACCAAUGCAUUACAAUUCCAAUUUAAAUUCCGGAGAAUCUGAAAUUUUUGAAAAUGCUUGCAAAUGCUGUUCAAUUAUAUAUUUUAGACAGUAUGUAAACAUAACGUGUGCCUGUUAUGAAAACUAAUUUUUCUUACUUCUUUUUUGUCUGCAAAGUUACCCUUGAAGUAUAUAUAUAUAUUAUGUUCAUGUAUUGUAAGUUAAGUACUGUGUUUUAUGUUUUGGUUGCAUUUUAAGUAAAUAGAAAUAUAUUUCAACAUUCCCGCCAAGCCUAGCUGAAAGCAAUAACUGUAUAGCAUAGCAGAUAUCAGAAUUGGUGGUUAAAAUUCUGAAAUAACCUAUGAGCCUUUAUUGCUUAAAAUCUUACAAGUAACCAGAGCUGUUUGAUAUCUGAGAAGGCGACUCCAAAAUUGUUCUUCCUUUGAAAAAAUAUUGCCUGAUACUUGGAAUUUUCUGUUCUCAUGCGCUUUUUAAUUAGAGGAGGGAAUUGCUUAGUGAUAUCAUUCUGCUUUCAUAUUGUGACUUAGGUUUUAUAAUGCACUAAUUUGUUAAGAUAGGCCUACACUCCUUAUUAAUCCCUGCUUCCAUUUAUUUGUUAGUGUUAUGCCUUGAACAUUUUGUUAAUCUGUUGGACCAAAUUGAUAGCAGAUGAAAUCUAAAAAUUGUAGGGUUUGUUUCUUCUUGAAUUUUGUCCUCUUCUGGGGAAAAGAGAUCGAAAUAUUACAAAAAAAAACUG